UUUCUUUUUUUUUUCAAUUUGCAAGUUGUAGAAAUAAUCAUUUAGAUACUAUGAACUGAAAUAAGAUUUUUCAUUUGGCCCAUAACACAAGCUUUCGCCGUUGUAACUUUCCGGAAAUACUUUACGCUUCCACUUAAACAUUACUUACCGACAUCCGUAAAAAUCGUUUGAAAAGAAUCGAAAAUAGUUCGAGGACCAACCACCCCUUUUAGUUUUAUCCAAUGUUACACUAUUCUUGAUAUCCAAAAAAUUGUGGUAUCAACACAGAUUUGGUAUGGCAGAAGAGGCAAAUGGGGAUGUGCUUGAUAGCUGGGAGGAGUUCGAAGAUACUGGGGAUCUUGACAAGAAACUUGAAGAGAUGAAAUUAAAGGAAUCUGAAAACAGGAUUGCAUCAGAUGCAGUUGUAGUUGAAGAUGGCAAUAGAACUCAGUAUGCACCCCAAGUUCGUAUACUUAAAAGAAAAUCGGAUGCAGAUUCAGCAGCAAAGCAAGGGGCAAGACCAAGUAACAAACCCACGAAAACUUUGGAACAAAGAGAAGCAGAAUAUGCUGAAGCAAGAAAGAGAAUUUUAGGUUCAACAUCUUCAACAGAAGUAAAAGAUGAAAUCAUAGUAACGAAUAACAGACCGCCUAGACUGAUGCAAAUGGAAGAAGCAAGACAGAAUUUAAACAAUAAUUGUGCAGUAGCUAUUCUGAGACAACCACGAGGACCUGAUGGAACAGACGGAUUUGAUCAAAAAGGCUAACCUUGGCAAAUUUAAACAAAUUUUUAACGAAUUCUUUACAACUGUCAAAUACUCAGACCAGCAUCCCAGUCCCUCGCUGGCUGUCCCCCGCAAAUAGCGCCAUGCUUGUACAGACCACAGACUUGGAUCAGUCAAAGUUGUGGUCACUCAUCCCAUUCAAGGCAUAGCAGAUUGCCAAAAGUAUGAAUGACUUAGCAGCUUCAGUCCCAAUCCCACUUAAAGUAGGAGGAUAUUGUUCAAAUGGAAACCAAUUGUGCAGAAUUAAGUACUCUUCAACAGCUUAAUUUCCAGGUCCUAUAGACAAUGGAAUAGAGCAAAGCAAUUCAAUACAGUAUUAAUGAUGCACAUUUGGCAAGCAAGAAGAAUGCACUGUUUGUUAUAGAUUUAAUGAAGUGCCUUUGUAUAUAUAUAUAUACUUCAUAUAUCAUGUUUAUGAUGUCAUAAUGGGAAAUCUGCGGUAGGCUCAAAUUUCGAGGGCAGCUUCUUGUAAAUAAAGUACAAUCAUUCUUAUUAAUCAAGUGUAAUGAAAUAGAAAGAAACCUUGAUCAAACGUAUAUAGCAUAUUACCAGAAGUGAUCCAAAGUUUGUGGACUAAUGUGAAAAAAUCUUCCCACGUUUUUAAAUUUGAUGAUUUUUAUUUUGACACUAUUUAUACAUAAGUUCGAAAAGUAUACAAAAUUUCGCUGUAAUAUUCUAAAAAAUAAAUAUAUACAAAAAUGAACUCGUACAGAAAUCAAAAUUGUUGCAACCUGAUGUAGCCUGCCAGUUAACUUUUGACAACAGUAACACCUCGAACAUUCUCCAGUUUUUCAAAAUAUUUCCUGUUCUCCUGAAUAACUCUCUGGUGCCAGUUAACCUACAAAAUAAAUACAAAUAAAAACUAGGUCAUGAGAUGAAAUGGUAUCGUUUGCUUUUAAUUAUCCUCUCGCAAUUCAUGGUGAGAGGGGACAUUAUAACAGAAGCCUGUUCAGCAGAGCGGGCGUACACGAGAGCUCGCCUCUAGCACCACAGGAUUAUAUUGGGAAUGUUCACAGGUGUGCGCUCUGGUGAACAGGCUUCAGGACUCGCUGUUCAUGAGUGUCCAAGUUACAUGUGUAUAAUGACAUAACUAGGAAGCUUGCAAAAUUUGAGAUUUCUGUCUUGCAUAAUAUUGAUUUUAUCACGUCAGUCCUAAAACUUUUUGAUCGCUGCUCAUUAAUUAGAUACACUGAAAUUUUGAAUUUUUUUUCUUCAAAAUAUGGGUCAGUUUUACUUGCUUAUAUGUGUAGAUCAUCCUCCAUCGGCAAGGUCACAUAAUUUGCUAAUAAUGUUCUACUCUCGCCGCGUGUAUAACCUUUUUGAAACAUUUUAUGGAAUAUCAAAAAGAUUUAAAAUGUCUUUCACUUUUUGGGGGGGGGGGGGGGAUAAGGUUUUUGAUAAAUAAGUCAUGGGUUAUAUUAGGAAAUAUUCCCAUAAGGCCAAAAAAAAAUAUAUGUUGGUUUCUACUUUCACCUCAAAAUUUUUAAGGGUUGGUAGGUUGGUAGUAUUUUUUUUUUUAUAUACUGUACAUGUAGGUUGAAUUAUUUUCUAAUGAUUUAGUAUUCUACUAUGCAUAAAAUAAAGUGAUUAUUUAGUAAUCAAAUGAAAUUUAUAUGAUGAAUUGAUACAUUUCUUCACUUUACUGUAAACAAAAACUGUUUCUGUGCUUUGGAAUCUGUCUAGUAUUAGUGCAUAAUAAAUAACUUGAUAAAUAUGUCAAUAAAUAUACUCUUGUUGUAGUGAUGACAUUUGCAAAAUCUGUGAGAAUGGAAAAAAAUGUGUUAGGGUCGGCAGAAAUUUUUAGGGUAGAUAGGGAAAGUGGAAACCAACAUAUAUUUUUUUUUUGGCCUAACUUGCUCAUCAUUGUCAAAAAUAAUUUUAUGAUGUACAUGUGUCUGUAUAUUACUAUGAGUAUAAUGAAUCGUGCUGUGAGAACUAACAUUGCAUUACCAAGUUCUGUGCAUUGUGAUAAUUUCUUGUUGAGCUGUACACAAUAGGAGUUCAUCUUUAAUGUAAUAAAUAUAGAUACAAGGGGCACCCUACUUAAUUAGCUGUUGAAACAUGAAUUUGUUGAAUGCUUAUUGCUUACUCGCACAUAUACUUAAAUGGUGAUUUGCCUCUGGUCAUGUUACAUGAAUUAUAUUUGUCUUUUUAAUUUUUUAACUCAUACUAAUGUGGAAUUCACUAUAAAAUGUACUGAUUUGCUACCAUGAAGUACUUGUGUGCCUCCGUAAUUGGAGAUUUGGGGUCAUAUACUUUUUGGUCUAUCUGUCUGUUUCUUUUUUAUUUUGCAAAAACUUUAACCUUGUCCAUAACUUUUGAAUAGAUGGUGAUAUUGUUUUCAUAUUACUCUCUUUGGGUAAACAAAUUCUUUUCUCUUGACCUUGGAGUUUGACCUCCUUAUGAAAAACUUUAACCUUGCCCAUAACUUUUGAAUGGUUAGUAAUAAGGCUUUCAUAUUCCUUUUCACAAGACCUUUCUUAUACAUUGUAGUACCAACAUUUUUUACUUCAAAACUUGAUCUUGGAGUUUGACAUAUUUUAACCAAGGCCAUAACUUUUGAAUGGUUUGUGAUAGAGUUUUCAUAUUUCACAUGUGUAGUCCUUGUGACAAGAACUUUCUUAUACAUUGUAGUACCAACAUUUUUUACUUCAAAACUUGAUCUUGGAGUUUGACAUAUUUUAACCAAGGCCAUAACUUUUGAAUGGUUUGUGAUAGAGUUUUCAUAUUUCACAUGUGUAGUCCUUGUGACAAGACCUUCAAUAUUUGACAUGUGUAGUCCUUGUGACAAGACCUUCAAUAUUUCACAUGUGUAGUCCUUGUGACAAGACCUUCAAUAUUUCACAUGUGUAGUCUUGUGACAAGACCUUCAAUAUUUCACAUGUGUAGUCUUGUGACAAGACCUUCAAUAUUUCACAUGUGUAGUCCUUGUGACAAGACCUUCAAUAUUUCACAUGUGUAGUCCUUGUGACAAGACCUUCAAUAUUUCACAUGUGUAGUCUUGUGACAAGACCUUCAAUAUUUCACAUGUGUAGUCCUUGUGACAAGACCUUCAAUAUUUCACAUGUGUAGUCUUGUGACAAGACCUUCAAUAUUUCACAUGUGUAGUCCUUGUGACAAGACCUUCAAUAUUUCACAUGUGUAGUCUUGUGACAAGACCUUCAAUAUUUCACAUGUGUAGUCCUUGUGACCAGACCUUCAUUUGGGUACCAUAAUUACUUUGCUGUCAUACGGGGGUAUAACACAUUUUGUUGCAUAUGGAAUACUGCGAGUUUAUACUUUUAAUCUUUUGCUUGUGGACAUUCAAUGAGUUUUAAACAGUGUAAUAUAGUUACUACAUGCACACAGUAAAACACAGCACACUGAUGGGGAUUGUCAAAAUUCUGCAAUCUCAAUUCCAUAUGCUGUAACCCAACUUCUUUUGUAAAGUCACUAUUAAGUUACAACAUCAAGAUGUACAUUCAAUAUAGAGGUAGAUAAGGUACUACAUAUUGAAGUCUUAUAUAGAAAUUUCAUGAUCUUGGAACAUGGUUUCACAUCACAGGCACUUGUUUAUGUAAGUAAGUUAUGACCUCUGUAUACUAAUAAUUAAUAGUAGUUUACAUAGGUUAUAACUUACUUACAAAAACAAGUGCCUGUGUUUCACAUCUUUGAUUUGUGAUUAGUUGGUUUACUGUAUGGAUUAGAUUGUCAUGAAUUUAUUCCUCAUGGGGAAUGAAAAUUGAUUUAUAAUAACUUAUAUUUUCUUACAGAGUCUGACUCAAUAAAUUGUUCACCUCUUGUUGCAUCUACGAUUCAUAA